CGGGUACUGGACAUAAGUUCGACUGGGACUUUCCAAUUGUGUUCUGCAGAAUGUGUUUUCAAGCUCUACAUGGAAAGGCGGAAAGGGAGCGUUUGCCCUCCAUAUUUUUCAAAGGAAAUACGAACCGCUCUAUCGAUCGGUUGGUGGAAGAGUCAAAAUUACAAUUCACUCGUGUGUGGCUCAAUGGCGUGACCAAAGACUACACGCGCUGGCGUGGUUUCAGGCGUUCGACUUUCCGAGCGGUAACGAACGUGGAUUUAUUGUUACAGAAAGGCGAAAUCGCGGCAAUUUUGGGGCACAAUGGAGCGGGAAAGACAACCAUUUUCAACAUUUUGGCCGGGCUGUUACCUGCGACGGAUGGGCGAAUUUGUAUCUUCGGUAAAAAUCCACUCGAUGCGUGGGAUGCCAUCAAUCUACGAAAAAUCACUGGAGUUUGUACCCAGUUCGAUGUGUUAGACGAUCGGAUGACCUGUUGGGAACACAUGAGACUCAUGGGUGCUAUCAAGGGUCUCAAUCGCUCUGAAACAGAAUCCGAGACAUUCAAACUGUUCCAUCAACUUGAGCUGGAGUCCUACACAAUUACUGCCACAAGCCUGCUUCCUGGUGGUGAUAAACGGAAGCUAUCAGUGGCGAUGGCCCUCAUAGGCUCCCCACGACUGAUCAUGCUGGACGAGCCGACAUCUGGAGUUGAUCCUUUCUCACGGCGGUGCAUCUGGAGGGUGCUACGCAAUUAUCGACCAAAUCGUGUGAUUGUGCUCAUCACCCAUUACAUGGACGAAGCAGACAUACUUGCGGAUCGCAAAGCCAUCAUGAUCGGUGGGAGGCUAGUCUGCCACGGGACAUCAAAAUUCCUGAAGGAACAUUACAACCCCGGAUACUUGCUAAAAAAACCAAAUCAAACCGACUGGAUCAACAUCACCCUAGUUCUGGGACGUCAUGAUGACGGACUCUGUCAGCAAAUCAUACUCCAUCACACGGCGUUGUGGAAUUGCAUGCACACAAGAAGCCUAAAGUCCCAGGGGACGUUAACUCCGGAUAUCUCCUCAGCGUUGUGGAUAGCCGAUGUUUCAUCGUGGGAGUCCCAAUGGCCGGAAAAACACCCUCAGCUGAAACUAGGAACAGCCUGUAUUUACCUGAUCGCAUGUAACGUUGCCUACUGUAUCCUCAGUCCGCUGAUUGCUGGGGAUCUUGUUCGUGAAAAAGAGCUUCGGAUCUUGGGACAGUUACAUCUUUACGGAAUGAAAUCAUGGGCCUACUGGGGAGCACACUUUUCCACUCACAUAUUUCAAUAUCUGAUGCUGGCUUGCUUCACCACCAUCGUGAUGUUCCCUUUCAAGGGUCAUAUACUGUCAUCGUGGCAAAACGUCGUUUUACACAAUUGGAUAAACUCGCUGGCGGCGUUUGACAACAUUGUCACUAUCUACCUCUUUUGCAUGUUUUUUCAAAGCGCAGGCGGCGCCACAGUUCUCUUCGGAUCGACUGUCAUGAUCGUCAUCUUUGUGAACAUUACCAUCUACUUCAUUCCACUUCACAUGCUCGAAGCAGCUUAUGGAACCAUUUUGUUUGUAUUUCCCUUCGCUGACCCAUUCCUCACGCUGUUACUGACAGAUUUCCGUAUUCGAUUGGAGAAGGUGUACCUGUUUUCCACCACGCGUGCCAAAUAUGUGCCAUCGUUAUGGCGUCUGUUGCAAUACAACCACGUGAAAAUCAGUCAGAUAGUGCACAGUUUUCGCAUCAUCAUUAUGGGUGUGAUGUUCGUCGGUAUCAACAUAUUCACACACCAGAUCACACCGAAACGCAAAGAGCGGUUGUACUACGAAGGGUUGCAUCGUCUGCAGCCGUUGAGUGAAUUGGUGAGACAACAGCGAACCGGUGAGUUGUUUGUGCACAUUCAAGUUUAA